GUCAGUAUUGUAUAUACGCUCCAACGAAUCGUACACAGGCAAGAUGCAGUGCUACAUCUGCGUAACGUAUUUGCUGAUAAUAUGUAACGCAUAUCCACCUAAAGUUCGAGAAAUUUCCGCGGCACCCCAGCGACGGUCGCUGUUCCAUGAUGUAAUAGAAUCACUACGCAUUAGAGCCCAAUUACCUGACGAUUUUAGUUCAGACGAGGAAAAUAACUUGGGCCCGAGUGACGAAAGAUAUGGCUACGAAAAUGAACCAUUACAUCAACCAAACGACGUUGAUUUCCUACCUAGAAGAAAUGACAGACUAGAAAUGCCGACACUGAAAUAUCGAUACCCGAAAAACUUAAAAUUAAAUAAAACACAAGAAGAGGCUCCCAAAGAAGAAAUAGUGUUAUACAUCAAUGCACCAUCUGAAGAUAACGAUGAAACAACAACCACAAAACCAAAUAAAAUCAAGCGACCGAAACCAGUAAAUAAAAUUAAAACAAAAACUAACGAAGACGAUGAUAAUACAACAACGGAACAAAAGCCUUUCACGAACACUAUGUCAGGUCAGAGCCAUAUCGGAAAUCGGGAAUCGCAAACGGUCGUUAAGCCGACUGUGAUUGUAAAUUUUCGAGGUUCAGUAAGCCAUAGAGAGAGUGACAUACGAUUGGAGAGACAAAAAUACAACGACACUAAAUCUAUUCCACAGAAUAUUUUUAACAUAAACCAAGAAAUCAAAUUGGAAAGACCUGACCAAAACGUUGGCAGUUCAGGGGUAACGGGAGUGCCUAAUAAAGUAAAGCAGGAUAUAAAAAUAAAAGCUGAGGGAAAGGCCAGAGUUGAAGAAGACAUGAUGAUGUGUGAAACAGCGUCUUGGAAAGACGAUAAGAGCAGAAGCAACCGACAAACCGAUGUACUCGAAAUUUUGCUCUCCAUUUGAUUUGAGGUUCCAAAUAAUCAUAAUGGCUUUACUGUACAUAUUAAUAUUCGUUAAGGUUUAGUUUUAUUUAAUUUUAGUUAUUUUUAGUCUAUAGAAUAUUCACUUGAUACUCAUAAUUAUAUAAACAUUAAUAAAUGUUAUAAAUUCCUAA